UCUACGCACACUACAAAUGAAUAGUUCAUUAGAAGAAACCCAAUAAUGUAGGACGGGCGCGGUUUACUGCCAAACAGGUUAAUCUUCAACCACGAACAUUGGAAUACUGCCUUCAAAACCGAUAGAAGGAAGCUGUGCUCGAGCUCUCCCGGAUUUCCACCUGGUUGGUUGGGAAUUGGGAUUACGGAGUGCAGAAAUGUUGAGUUUGGGAAGCGGGGGAGCGAAAUCUACCAAACCAUCAUUCGUAUCUUAUGUUACGCCGGAGGAAAUAAAAUCUGAGAAAGAACCACAAAAGAAAGAGAGGCAUCCCAACUUGCUGCCAGGUGAAGUCGUGUUCUGCAGUACAAACCCCAUCCUCAAGUACACGCAAGAUGACAUUUCUCAGCGGGGCAUCUUUGGCACACUUCUCUGCACCAACUUCCGUGUCUCUUUCAUCAGUGAUGAAACUCCGCAGGAGGAGCCAACACAACACUUCAAGAAUAAGCUGUAUGGAGAAAAUGACAUUCCUCUGAUGUGCGUGGACUGUCUUUAUGGAGUUUAUGACGAAAAGAAAAAGUUGAUAACUGGAGGCAUGCUGAAGAAUAAGUAUCCAUCAAAAAUGAUCAUUCACUGUAAAGACCUGCGUGUCUUCCAGUUCUGUUUAACCUUCACCAAAGAAGAGGAAGCCAAAAAGAUAUUUCAGGGAAUUGUCCACCACUGCCUGGAGCCAAAGUCGCUGAAGUGUGUCUUUGCAUUUUCCUAUGCUAACACAAAAGGACCAGAAAUGCAGAGGACACAGAGGACUCUUAUGUUUGACUCACAAGAAGACUGGAGCCAAGAAAUGAAAAGGACCAAGGGAAACUGUAGAAUAGUCACUGAAAAUCAGAACUUUGAACUCUCUGAAAGGUUACCAAAGUACUUUAUCAUCCCGGCAGCUGUCAGUGAUGAUGAUUUAUCUAAAUUCCCCGGAAAGGGAUUACCUAUAUGGUGUUGGUCCCAUCAUAGUGGCUGUGCUUUGUUCAAAGCCUCCUCUCUUCCUGUAACCCAGGAAGACGGUGUGGCACAGGCCUGGAUGGAGAGAAUGCUGCAUGCAGUGGCCCAAACCCACCUUUAUUCUGUAAAAAUAGAGGAUCUAUUGGAAACACUUCCAAACAUUCAAGAUAUUCAGCAGUCUUACACCAAGUUCAAGCAGUUUUUUCUCAUUGAUAAUUCAACUGAUUUUUGGAUGUCGGAUGUAAAGUGGUUCUCUUCUCUUGAAAACACAGGCUGGCUGGACAUUAUCAGGCAGUGUCUCCAAAAAGCAGUUGAAGUGGUAGAAUGUCUUGAAAAGGAAAACACAAAUGUCCUUAUCACGGAGGAGGAAGGUUCAGAUUUGUGCUGCGUAAUUUCCAGCUUGGUUCAGAUCAUGAUGGACCCUCACUGCAGAACACUGACAGGCUUCCAGAACCUGGUGCAGAAAGAAUGGGUGGCUGGGUGCCAUGCUUUCCUGGAUCGAUGUAAUCACCUCCAUCAGAAGGACAAGGAGUGUCAGUCCCCAGUCUUCCUGCUCUUCCUGGAGUGUGUGUGGCAGUUGGUUCAGCAGCACAGCCCAGCCUUUCAGUUCUCCGAAACGUACCUGACUGUCCUGUCUGACAGCAUCCAUGUGCCAGCCUUUGGCACUUUCCUCUUCAACUCUGCCUUUCAGAGGGAGAGCUGCCUGAAGGCUACCUUACAGCAUUCACAAAGAGGUCCAUUGAGCUGGCCUGCAGUGUGGGACUGGUCGAUGCAGUUUGACUGCAAGGCCCAGGAACUCUUUAUCAACCCUCUGUAUGCUGAGAAGCUCAAGCAAGAGAAAGUGUUGCGCAAAGUUCCAAGAAUCAAGCACCAGCGGCAGCUGUCUUUACCCAGCUCGGCCUUCAAAACCCCGCCGAAAAAGGGCUUCUUCAAAGACGAGGCAGAAAGCCUGAAGAAGAUGCUCCGGGUCAAGCGUUUCAGCCGCUGGAUGGUGCCUCCCGACUCUCCGGCGGUGGCCACACGCCAGUUUUACGAAGCCUGGCAGCAGAAACCACUGGAUUACCACGGCUUGCUCCUGCCCUGCCUGGAUGGGCCCGCCAUGCGCCUCUGGAUGCAGCGCUACCUCCGCUGGACCCCGGAGGCACAGAUCUUGGGCGGGGGGUCAGUGGCCAUCACCAGCAAGCUGGCUGAGCUCCUGGGUGAGGUGCGGGCGCUCCAGAGGGAGCUGGCCCAGAAAGGCUGGUGGGACAGCAUGGGCGAGGGUCACCACCGGCCGCAGACCAUGUCGCUCGCGCUGGUCCGCACCUCGCUGCGCCUCUCCUCCUACUUCCCCUUCGCCGCCAGCCGCAAUUGGAGUUUCAAGCCAGUCAUUCCCACAGGCCUACUGCAGAGCCUUAUGGUGACCGACAAGCUAGCCAGCCAAGAGGAUGAGACCAACGAGGUUAUAAGCUUGGUUUAGGAAUGUGAUACCUCUGUUUUUGGACUUUGCUUAAAAGGAUCUGUUUGGAAAAUACACAGUUAGGCUAGCUUUUGGCAGCUAAUACAUUCAGCAGGAAAUGCUAAUGAUGCUUAGAGCUACACUGGCUAAAGAAGUUGUUUUUGUAUGUGUUUAGAGGCCUUAUUCAUACCAAGUGUUCCCUUAAUAAUGGCAUGUUGUUCAUUUAUGUUUUUCUGUGUUUAUUAAGUUUUCAUAUUGUUGCACAAACUCAUUCUGAUAUGGAUCAGUCUAGUCAUGUCUAUAAUCACAUAUGUUAUCACAUCAGGGAGGGCUUAUUUAUAUUUUAAGGUGUUGAAAGGAUUCAUAAGGGUCUUUGUAGGUAUUAUUUUUUGAAAUGUUUCAUUGUUGGAUAACACUUCUAAAUAUAAAAUAUAAAUCUCCAGUUUAAAAUAAUGUACAGAGUGUACCAAAGAUUUUGUAAAAAAAAAAAAAAAAGUCAUUCAUUCAUAUAGUAUUGUGGAGUUUUUUAAGAAAUGUGUGGAAAUAUUUCAGAACAUAAUGCAAAUAGAUAUGCUUUAGCCACUGGCUGUAUGAGCUACUUUAAAGUAAUGAAAGACUUGUCUUAAGAUUCCAAAAAACAAUUUUAAAAAUCAAAACAGUCUAUUAGAUUUAUUUACAGUUAUAAGACACUGUUAUGUCCUCCUUUUUAUUUUUUGUUUUGCUUUAAACCACCAUGUAAGUAACUUCACUGGAGAUUUGAAACCUACAAUUUAGACAUUAGCUCAGCUUUAUUCUGCAUUCCUCACCUGGUGGAGUUCUAUACACUCCCGUUAUGAAAGGUAUGCUAGCUCAUGCCUUGAGCAGUAAAAAUCAAUGAUAAAAACGGCCAGUAUUACUUUUUUAUAUAUGUACAGCUUAAAUACACAUAUGGUUUAUUUUUAUUAAAUAACCUGAAAUUACAGAUAGGAAGCAUAGAUAUUUUCAACUACUUUUUUUCAUGGGAAUGCCAAGUCGUAAAAUUUAUGUUUCCUAAAUCUGAUUACUUCUGCUUUGGUGCCAUCUGGUGGUUUUUAAUUUUACAGCCUCAGCAAAAACAGGAAACCAAAAUAAGGAAAGUCAGAAAUAUCCCAUAAAAUCAGAAAUAUGCCUGCUUUAAGGAUUUGUUGUCAUGGCUUUAGAUUAAAGGAUUUUAUACUCUGAUUUAAUUGUAUUUGCUGAUGUAAACAACUUAUAAAAUAGGCUAAAGACACCAAAUUUAUUAUAUUCAUCAUUUUUGCACCAAAAAAAAAAAUGUUUGUUUAGUUGGUUGGUUGGUCUUUGUUGUUGUUGGUAUCCUCUUACAAACAAGAAGACACUUAAGAGUUGUGUAGCACAAAUCUAAUAGAAUGUAUAAGCUCACCAUGCCAAUAUAAAACCAAAUUGUCAUGUUUUUCCAAUUUUCAACAUUUAUAGUAUACCAAAAUAAGUGUGCCUUAUGUUGUUACCACACUGAUGUUGCAGUUUUAAUUGUAUCAGUAUGCAGUCAGUUAUACCAAGUGCCUAAUGUUUAAUUUUGUUCUGUGGUCUUUCUCAGUUGACAAAACACAACUAUUUUAAGCUUUUUAAGGCACUUGUUCAAGAAGAAUUUUUAUGGGUUUUUUUAUGCACAAAGUUUCUACCAAUGCUGCUUUAAAAAUGUUGAUUGCACAAGUGCUCCUUUGCUCUCUGAUAUUGAUGAAGUUACAUAAAGCUGAUCCAGUUUCAAUGGGGUAUUACUUAACAGAGUUCGUAGACUAUAUGUGGUGAAUGUGAAUAUGCAAAAUAUCAGAUGUGUCUAUGUUUUUUGUAUAUUUGUCCUUAAAUAUGGCUUUAUACUAUUAGAAAAAGCAAAUAAAUAUUAAGCAUAGAGUAA